UUGUCUCUCAACCCGUGGGCAUUGUUUUAAAACAGAAGGACAAUAAAAGAAUAGAGUGGCGGAUAACAGAGCAUUCGGAGGGUCAUCAGGGUAUCUCUUUAUUGGAUCUGAGCAUUUCUGUCCUUGUGCAUGUGGCACUAUAUGAGAGCCGUGUGUCGGCUGAAGUUGUAAUUUCGCAGCGAAAGGUCCGCACAGACAGAGGAGGCAUGAUUCGGAGACCGAGUCCAAGUUUUGCGCUGUUGUCCGUUCAUGUGCUUUUGCGGUGCCUGUGGAUGAGGGUAUGUGAGGCAUCUGGACAUUUCGAGUUGCAGGUCUUGUCGAUGCAGAAUGUGAACGGAGAGCUGCAGAACGGCGCGUGCUGUGACGGCGCGCGGAACGCGGCGCACCGCAGAUGCAUCGCGGAUGAGUGCGAUACGUUUUUCCGAGUGUGUUUGAAGGAGUAUCAGUCACGGGUGUUCUCGGGAGGCCCGUGUAGCUACGGAAGCGGAUCUACUCCCGUCAUUGGUGGGAAUAAUUUUUCUGUCAAGCCGUUGGCCGACACGAACGAUAAAUCGAGGAUUGUGCUGCCCUUCAGCUUCGCGUGGCCGAGGUCAUAUACAUUGAUUGUGGAGGCCUUGGACUUCAACAAUGACUCAAGCACUGGCAGUAUGAACGGACAAGUAAUAGAGAAAGCAGUUCAGUCCGGCAUGAUCAACCCAAACGGUCAAUGGCAGGUCUUGAAACACAACGGACCGGUGGCUCAGUUCCAGUACCAGAUUCGGGUCACCUGCGAUGAACACUACUUUGGCUUCGGCUGUAAUAAGUUCUGUCGGCCCAGAGAUGACUUCUUCGGACACUAUACUUGCGAUCACAAUGGCAACAAGACCUGUCUGGAGGGCUGGGCUGGACCAGAAUGCAACACCGCAAUCUGUAAGCAAGGCUGCAGCACUGAGCAUGGCUCCUGUAAAGUGCCUGGAGACUGCAGGUGUUUGUAUGGCUGGCAAGGAGAGUAUUGUGAUCAGUGUAUUCCUCACCCUGGCUGUGUGCACGGCACCUGUGUGGAACCCUGGCAAUGCCUUUGUGACACCAACUGGGGAGGACAGCUCUGUGAUAAAGACUUGAAUACCUGCCGCACACGACAGCCCUGUCUUAAUAGAGGCACCUGUAGUAACACAGGACCAGACAAAUACCACUGCGCUUGUCCUGAUGGCUACUCUGGACAGAACUGUGAAAGAGCGGAUAACGCCUGUCUGUCUGAGCCGUGUUUGAAUGGAGGCAGUUGUGUGGAGUCCAGUCAGGGAUUUGAGUGUCAGUGUGCGCCUGGCUGGACUGGACCAUCCUGCAAUAUCAAUGAAGAUGACUGCAGUCCAAACCCAUGUAAUCAUAGCGGCCUGUGUGUGGACUUGGUGGAUGGAUUUAAAUGCAUCUGCCCGGUUCAAUGGACCGGAAAGACCUGUCUCAUUGAUGCUAACGAAUGUGAGGAAAGCCCAUGCGUCAAUGCCCACUCCUGUCGAAAUCUGAUUGGUGGAUACUUCUGUGAGUGUCUCCCAGGUUGGACAGGACAGAAUUGUGACAUCAAUGUCAUCGACUGCCAUGGCCAGUGUCUUAAUGGAGGAUUGUGUAAGGAUCUGGUAAAUGGAUACAGGUGUCUGUGUGCACCAGGCUUUGCAGGUGAACACUGUGAGAGAGAUGUUGACGAGUGCGCAAGUCGACCCUGCCUAAACGGCGGACGCUGCCAAGACAGUGUCAAUGGAUUCCAGUGUCUCUGUCCACCUGGUUUCUCAGAUGUUCUGUGUCAGCUGGACAUAGACUACUGUGAGAGCGGCCCGUGUCAAAAUGGAGCACAGUGUUUUAGUUUGGCCUCAGAUUACUACUGUAAAUGUCCUGAAGAUUACGAGGGCAAGAACUGUUCCCAGCUUAAAGACCACUGCCUCACCACACCAUGCCAAGUGAUUGACAGCUGCACGGUUGCAGUGGCGUCUAACAGUACUCCAGGCGGCAUGCGACUCAUCUCCUCUAACGUGUGCGGUCCUCACGGGCGCUGCCGAAGUCACACCGGCGGACAUUUUAGCUGCGAAUGUCAGGAGGGAUUUACCGGAACCUACUGCCAUGAGAACAUCAAUGAUUGUGAAAGCAGUCCUUGUCGUAAUGGCGGUACUUGUAUUGAUAAAGUCAGUGUGUAUCAGUGCAUCUGUGCUCAUGGAUGGGAAGGACCCAACUGUGAGACCAACAUUGACGACUGCAGCACGAACCCGUGUCGUGAUCGAGGUGUGUGUCGUGAUCUGGUGUACGACUUUUACUGCGAGUGCGAAAAUGGCUGGAAGGGAAAGACAUGUCACUCACGUGAGAGCCAAUGUGACGAGGCGACUUGUAACAACAGGGGCACAUGCUUUGACGAAGGUGACUCGUUUAAAUGCAUGUGUGCCCCGGGAUGGGAAGGCACUACCUGUAACAUAGCUAAGAACAGCACCUGCCUACCGAACCCUUGUGAAAACGGAGCCACGUGUGUCGUGCGAGGUGACAGCUUCACCUGCGUCUGCAAAGAAGGCUGGGAGGGGCUCACCUGCAGCCAGAAUUCCAACGACUGCAACCCGCAACCAUGCUACAACAGUGGUACAUGUGUUGACGGUGAUAACUGGUACCGAUGUGAGUGUGCCAGUGGAUUCGCAGGGCCGGACUGUCGCAUCAACAUUAAUGAGUGCCAGUCAUCGCCCUGUGCAUUCGGAUCCACAUGUGUGGAUAAAAUUAAUGGCUACCACUGCCUGUGUCCACCCGGCAGAACUGGGCCCAGAUGCCAGGAAGUUACAGGACAUCCGUGUGUGGUCGGAGGUCGGAUUGCUGGAGAUGGUGCAAAGUGGACGGAAGACUGCAAUACCUGUUACUGUUACAAGGGGAUUGUCACCUGUACUAAGCUUUGGUGUGGCCCUAAACCUUGCCAUAUGCUUGGCUCUGAUGUCUGUCCACUGGGUCAGCUGUGUUUACCGGUACGUGACGAGCAGUGUUUUGUGAAGCCUUGUUCAUCACAGGGUGAGUGCUGGUCUGCUCACCGCCCUGCCGUACAGGCACGGUUCCACCCGGAUAGCAACUGUGCCAACGUCACCGUUACUUUUAAUAAGGACACUAUGCCACAGGGAGUGACAGUGGAGCAGGUGUGUCGUGAGUUGAGGCAUCUGUAUCUGGCCAAAAACGUUUCGGCUGCGGUUUCCUUCUCUGUGAGCUGUCAGCUCUCUUCUACCGCCAAUAACGAGAUCCAUGUGGCUGUUCAUGUAACAGAGGACGGCGUACACGGCCGGGUGCCUGAUAAAGAGAUCACAGACAGCAUCGUCGAUCUGGUGAGCAAACACAGCGCUAACAGCAGUAUCAUCAGCUCCAUUGCUGAGGUCCACGUGCAGCGCAGACAACCACAGAACCCCAACGUAGACUACUUGGUGCCACUGCUGGUUUCCAUAGUUACCGCAAUCUGGGUUUUGGCCCUGGUGUCGGUGUUCCUGUGGUGCAUGCGGCAUCGACGCAAGCAAAGCUCCGGCCCUACGCAAAUCAACCCUGUCGCGCCGUUUUCCAUGGGAACCACUGAGGAGAACACAGUAAACAAUGCUCGCGAACACCUCAAUCAGAUAAAGAAUCACAUCGAGAAGAACAUGUCUAAUGGCAGCCCGCCUGGAAAAGAGCAACACAGCGACGACAAGAACACAGUCAACCCCAAAAUCAGGACGCAUUUCUCUGAAUCCGCCAGACUAGUAGACGAGGACUCUGAUUCCAACAAGCGACUGCAAAAGGCACGAUUUCCACGUCAGCCCGCCUACAUGAUGGUAGAGCGCGACGACAGGCUAAGUUCCAAUGGCACGGAUGUAAAAAAUACACAUUGGAUGAACAAACGAGACAACAGAGACCUGGAGUCGCAGCACAGGCUCCCAGAUUCACAGCACAGAGACCUGGAGAAACAACACAGCUUGCACAAAAUGGAGUAUAUCGCAUAGCAGCUAACUGCGAGGAGUGGUUGGUAUGGUAACAAUUGCGACUGAUGUUACUGCCGCAGAACGUCAUGAAAGCUCGAAGGAUAGCGAAGGUGGAUGGUAUUUGUUUUGAUGUUGGCUCUACGUCCCGGCGCAGUGCGCCACAGACUGGUCGGUUUGAAUAUGUGUGCGUCAGUGUCAGUACAAUUUGACUUCUCGAAGUCAUCUGUGCAGAAGCGCAAAAUGAAACCGAGAAUGUAACUGGCCAAAAGCCACUUAAUUGGAUGAAUCUCAGAAAAAUACUGUAUGUCUAGAUUAGAAUUCACCCCAAUAUUCCAGAAGGAAAAAAUAAAUGGUGUUUUGCUUAAAGACAAUAAAGCCUAUUUUUAGUAUGUUUUUGCAUUGUGGCGUUAUUUUCACGUUAUUUUCACGACAAUUCUCCACUUUGAGUGUUUUUGUAAUUUCCAUUAUUCUCAAUGGUAAUUCUCAUUAGGGUUUCAUUACUGUAAUACAUCUUACAGUUAAAUAAACAGUAACAAAUAAAACUAUAAUGUAUAAAUAUAUUUAAUAAUAAAUCAUAAUUAAUUUCACAUUAGGUAAUGAGAAGGACAUUUUUACGCAUUAUCGAAUGUUCCGAAUUGUCCUAAAAAUAGGCUUAAUUUUUCUAUUGUUUUAGGGUCAAAUAUAUGACUUAGGCAUGUUCUUGACAGAGAUUCGCCCUAUUUGUUUUACUGAACUUCGUGUGCAAACUGUAUUAGCACAUGCUAUUUCUUUAGUCAUUUGUUUAUUCUGUAGAACUUGCACUACAGAUAGCAAAAACUCUUGUGAAUCAGUUCCCUUGAAGAUUGUAUUGAAUCCCAUUUAUUGGGUCCACGACCGCUUUUGCCAACAGUUCAUAUUUAUUUAUUCUGUUCUUAUUCUAUUCAUUUUCUACACUCUUUUUAAUGCAUUCAAGGCAGGCAGGUCGUGCUUAGAAGUAUUGUUACUGUCUCUGAAGAAAUGAACUGCCAAUGUAGAUUGAUGUCGAUGCUGUAUAGAUCAUUUUGUACAUAUUUCUGAAUUAAUCAUUGUGUAUAUUUGAUUUAUUAACUUAAUAAACAAGAGCCUAGCAUUUUAGUUUUUAUUUAUAUACAUUGUUUAGGUUUGAAAAUGUGCCCUUUGUAUUUUUGGAUGAAAAUAUCAUCUUGUAUUUCCUUAAUGCCAAAAGAAUAGUAUGUUUUUAUUUGUGUCUGGAUCUGAAAUUCAAUGUGCAAUUUAUGUUUCAGAAAUGCCUGCAUGGCUGUUCUUUGUAAUGUCCUGAGAUGUAGACGAGAUAGAGUUUUUUUAAUCUAGAUUUGAUACACAAUUUUCCUGAUCAGAACCAUUUCUACACUUUUCUUUUUUUUUUGUAUUCAACUGUAUCCUCGUAUCUGUGCUCAAACUGAACAUCAGUGUUGAAUGAAACUGGCAACCCAGGAUAUUAGACAAACUUUGUAGUUUUCUGAUUAAACCGUAUUCAAAUCAAAUGUAACCAAACAGCCUUAAGGGAACAAACAGUAAUGUUUGCCUGUACAGUUACAUGAAAUAUGAAGAAAACAGAACUGAAUGUGAUAAAAACAGAUAAAAAUGAAUCU